UUCUCGGAGCUCCCCAAAAACAUUUUGCAUAAAGAAAUGGCCUCUUCAAAAUCAAAACCUGAUCUUGUGUCCUGCGACUUCGAGAUCCAUGGCGCGGUGCCCAAGGAGGCAUUCGAGCUAUUUGCCGCUACCCAGGCUCAGUUGCUGGGCCUCCGGGGCUAUGUUGUCCGGAUUGCAGACGACUUUUACAAGGGGCAGUUGCAGGGCGAGGGGAAAGUGAUCGAGGCCUUUAAGCAGCUAAUUGUGACAGCUGGCGAGUAUGUUGCAGCCAUCAAGGAGUUUGUCAUCAAGAAUUUAAAGUCUAUUCAGGAGUACAGCUACGAGGCCUUUGAGAUCAGAAAGUGAAACAACUUUGACAUGAAAACCUCAAUUUAAUUAGCAUAAAAUUUGGAUUGAAAGCCAAGCAAAUCAAAUAUAAAUUAAUUCA